GCCCGCUGCUCCCCGGGCCCGGGCACGAUGACCAGCGGCCAGGAGUGUCAGGAUGUGCAGGGCAGUGGUGAUGAUGUUUCCUCUUUAAAAGCAAAAGUAGAAAGUUAUGGCACUAGAGAGGAUGACUCAGCUCAAGAGUGUAAAUCAGGAGAUGACAGUUCUGAAAAUAACUCCGAAAGUAGCUCUGAAAGUGAGUCAGAUACUGAGGAGACAGAUAUAAGAAAAUCAGAUGAAGAACUGGAAAAGAAUGAAUUGCUGCCACCUGUUGAAUCAGAGGCUCAUAGCCAGUUUCGUUGUGAACAUGUCAAGACUGAACAUAACCAGAAAGAGCAAGUGACCCCCAGAAAACUUUCCAGAGGACAAUUUUGGUUGAAGCUGGAGGCAGAGGGAACUUACCAAUGUACUGUUACAGGCUUGAUUUUCGAUGUAACCAAGGCUGCUGUAAUCAAAUAUUCUGUGUUGUCUUGGAGCAAAUAUGCUGAUUAUGUUAAAAAACCAUGGAUAGUUGGUGGCCCUAUAUUUGAUGUCAGUUGUGACUCAGCCUCUGUUCUUACUUCCAUUCAAUUCCCACAUUCCCUCAGCCUAAAUGAUCAUGAAUCUGACAUGACAUUCAAAGUUUUACAUAUUAAAAGUACUGGUCCAGCAAUUGAGCCUUCUGUUGAUCAUUCAAUGACGCAUGUCAAAUGGCAUGUGAGUUCUCUCUCUCCAGUAGGACCGGUUAUUCAAACACAAGAGCCAGUACAUUACAAUGGGGCUGUAAUUUUAUACAAAGUUGUCAAUAAUCACCCUUCCUUAUCAUUUCGUGUGUAUGUAGCAACAAACAAUGAUUCAUUUAUAAAGGAUAUCUCAAAUGCAGUAAAACAUUCUGAUAAGAAAUUCAUCAAAAUUGACAAGCCCCCAGUUUGUAAAAAACAACUACAAGAUGGAAAGAGAUACAGAUUAAUUAGUGAAUCAGAAGCUGAAAUAACUCCUGAGGAAAUUGAAUUUGUUGAUGGCUCCCUCUUAAAAUUAAAAAGUUAUUUUGAAGUCUACUUGGAGCAACCUAUGGAGUUUACAUUAUCUUUGAUUGAACUCGAGUCUGAAGAAAUUGUCUGGAAAGCAAAACUAAGAGAAUGUGACUGGAUACUACAUGACCAGAACAAGAAUGAGCGGAAAAGAAACACAAUCAGUAACAGAAGACGGAAAUCAAGCAACAGCCUUUCUGACGAAGAAUUUUAUAAUAAAAGGCUAAAGGGUAGAGAUAUUUCAGAUGGAACUAAAGCUAAAACUACGUUAACUGAUCAGCAACUGAUGACUCUUGCAAAGAAGAUGGGUAAAGAUUGGAAAGAAAUUGGCAUUGAAUGUCUUAAGUUAGAAAUGAAAGAUAUUCAGCAGAUUCAGGCAAAAGAAGAAGAGGUUAAUGUUCAUAAAUUCCUGAUGUUGGAGAAGUGGAGGAAAGGUGAAAAGAGUAAUGGAACUGCGCAAAACUUGUAUGACAGUCUCAAGGAUCAUGUGUCAUAUGAAAUAAUACAAAUACUGGAAGGUUUUUUGUAGCAGACAUGAGUUCAUGGAGAAACAGCUAAAAGGAGAACUCUCA